AUGGUGAAAGUUCCGUAUCGUGGAUCAAUCCGCAAAUUGGUCCUUGCCUUCGACGUGGGCACUACAUACAGUGCGAUUUCCUACUGUAUACUUGAUCCUGGAGAAGUUCCAAAGAUCGAGCCUGUCACCAGAUAUCCAGCCCAAGAGUGGAAAUUGCACCUUCGAACCAGGAAUUUGGCCGCCAACCAUAUCACCGACGAUGACAUCCCACCACUUCCACGAGGCAAAAAUGCCGUCGAGGUUCUUGGCGACUUCAUGCAAUACCUCUUUCGUUGUGCACGCAGCUAUAUCGAGGAGGCUCAUCCAAGCGGAUCUCAUCUUUGGCGGUCACUCGAGAACCGCAUUGAAUUUGUCCUUACACAUCCAAACGGCUGGGAGGGCCCGCAGCAGAAACAGAUCAGGCUAUCUGCCGUCCUUGGCGGUCUCGUUCCCAGCACAGAAGACGGCAUGGCACGUGUCCAUUUGCUGACCGAAGGAGAAGCGAGUUUACAUUACUGUGUCCAUAAUACCCUAGCCUCAGAUACAUUGUCGAAGACACCGAUACUUGCAUCUGAUGAUGGUGUCCGCUCGCCAGGCCAAGGCGUUGUUGUCAUCGAUGCAGGAGAAGGGACAAUCGAUCUUAGCGCCUACUCGAUGUCGAUGACUUUAUCCCCGACGCUGAUCGAGGAGAUUGCUGCAGCCGAAUGUCGACUUCAGGGUUCUGUAUUCGUGACUCGUCGUGCUCGUGGUCUUCUUCAAGAAAAGCUAUCCGGCAGUCGUUACGGCACACCGGAUGUGAUCCAACACAUAAUAGAUAUCUUCGACAGCACCACCAAGCUUAGGUUCUGCAACCCGGAAGACCCGGCGUACAUCAAGUUCGGUACCAUCCGCGACAGAGAUCCUCAGCAUGAUAUUCGCAACGGUCAACUUAAAUUGAGUGGACAAGACGUAGCCAAACUCUUUGAACCCUCCAUCAGCAGCAUCAUCGAAGCUUUCGAAACUCAAAGAAGGGCUGCAGGCACUCCGGUCACAUUUGUAUUUUUCACCGGAAACUUUGCUGCGAGCGAUUGGAUGUUCUCCAAAUUGCAAGCGUACUUCCAGUCGCUUGGUAUUGGCUUCAGUCGACCGGACAACCAUUGCAAUAAAGCUAUUGCAGAUGGUGCUGUGUUGUAUUUUAUUAAUCAUCUUGUGUCGUCCCGUGUGUCCCGUUUCACAUACGGCACCGAGUGCAGCGUCCCAUUCAACCCAUUCGAUGUGGAGCAUCGCGCCAGGCAAAAGGAAGUUUUCCGAAAUACAAACUUCAGCAAUAGUAGUUUACGACGAUGAGCAGGAAGAAGCUUAGUCGUUCUGUAGAGCCACCUUAUUCUCAUGCUAUGCGGUGAGUCCGCAGCAUCCCAUGGCUUCUCGAGGUUGUAAUUGUAUGCUCCUAUCUAAGGGUUUCGUUUUCGGUUUGCCAAACAUGUCAUUUAUUUCACCUUCUGCACAAUAUGAUAUACCCUCUUCUG